CAGUGAUAUAUUUAGCCCCCACACUCACCCACUAGGAAUCUUUGGUAUGACGGAUCGCUUUGUGUGCGUAAAGCGCAUCUACACAGUUAUUAGCGUAGCCUCGGUGGUGACCAUGUGAAUAUUACUGUUUUUUAGCGUGGAUUUACCGGUACUAGUAAGUAGCAACAGUGACCAGGAAGGCGAGAGGUGACUGUCACAAGUACAAGGCGUGUCUUCUGAAGGGGUGCUCAUAACAAAGACACUGACGAUCCCCUUCACACAGCUCAGAAGCUUCCUUCGAUGCAGGCAUUUGGGUGGAAAAGAAAGGCAGGGUUAAGUAAGCCUCGGCCUGCUGUCUUUUCUGAAGAAAAUGUAGAAGAAAGAGAUGGAACUGAAGACCCUGAUGUUGAUUGGCUAACUGCAACAAAACGUCCAAAGGUGCUGGAGCUGGAGGAUGCCCAGGCCAAGGCACGCAGGCUGAGUAAUGAGGGUGUGACUCUUGCUGAGGCUGAGCGAUGGUGGGCAGCCAUUGGGAGGUGGAACUCAGCCCUUGCACUCACCCCAGAUGACCACACCAUCCAUGAAAUGCUUUCCCAGGCAUACAUGCAGGUUGGUGAAGUGCUUCCUGCCCUCAAUGCAGCUGAGGCAGCAGUUAAGCUGUGUCCCAACUGGUGGGUGGGGCUGCAGACCCUGGGCCGGGCACAACUGGGUCUAGGGGAGGUGGACUUGGCAGUCAAGACCUUCUCCCGGGCUGUCCAUAUUCGUCCAGACCAACAGGAGCUGUGGAGGGAAGACCUUCAGUGGGCUGUUGGUUUGCUAAAGAAGUAUCAAGAGAUUAAUGCUGAGAGGGAGAAGCAAAUUGCUGCUGCCAAAGAGAGUGGGACAGAAGUACCAGAGCUCCCAGUGCCACCUGUGGAGGGGUCCAUCAGAGAGCGGUCCAUCCAGCUAUACCAGAUCCAGAAGCAGCGGGAGGCAGCUGAGGCAGGCGAUCCAACUCUGAUGGAGCGUGGCAAGACCAUCGACCCCUCCAAGGUAGUGCGCAUGAGGGUCACUUAGGUGUGCGGUGAGUGUGUACUGCAAGUAAUAGCUUUAAUAUUUUUAUGGAAUGUGUGUGUUAUUUAUAUAAAUAUGUACAAAACUCUGUGUGUGGGGUGGGUGGGUGAGUAGGUGAAAUGAAUCCAUAAUGAAUGAUGAAACUAUUUUUAAAUUAGAAUAUGUGCAAGUUCAUACUAUAUAACUUACAUUAAUUUUUCAAAGACAAAACAAAAUCUAAAUUAAUAUUGUCUUAAAGAGUUUAUUAUAUUUAACUGGUUUUCUUUAAAGAUGAGAAAUAAUUUUAUAUGUAGUUUUCUUUUCGUAUAACUAACUUUCCAACAUUUGUGGAAAUAUAUAUAUAUACAUAUACUCCAGUCCAGAAAAGAAAAAAAUAUUUUGUUCAGUGUUGAUAGAUGAAAUGCCUAACAAAAAUAGUACUGCACUCACAAACACUAGAUUUUACAGGCAUUGCAUGUGUCCCUACUCUAAGGAAAAAAAUUAUAUGUAGAAUAAUUCAAUGCAGCAGCACUUAUCAGAUUGUCAUUUUGGUAUCUUAUAAUUUUAUAAUUUUGUGGAUGAUAGUGUGUAGUCAAAGGACAGCAUUCAAAUUGAAGACAAGGGGAGAGAGAUUUUUUUGUCAGUGUUUUGCAUAGGAACACUUAAGUAGAUAGCUUCAUGUUUUGAGGAGUUUGGACUGCACAGCUGUUUCUUGUGAGGAUAAAGCAACAAAUGCACCAUGCAAUACAUAUCUAGAGGCUGGUCCCAAGUGGUGACUCCUCUGUGUGUUGUUGCCAGCUGUGAACAGUGAUACAGAGAUGGUAUGCAGUCUCCCAACUUGUGUUCUGUGGAAUAUAAUUGAUAGGAGAAAUGUGCAAUGUUAGGAUGGUAUCACAUUGGGGUAAGUUUGAUGUAGACAAAUGAGAUUUUCACUGGACACCUUGCUUGUGAAAUAUGGCUGCUGAGUUUAGCAGAUAGGCAGUAGCUCAGCAAGCAACAAAUAAUUAGUCAAAUUGAGCUCUUGAGUACAUUAAGAUUUGAACAUGAUAUGCAUCAUACAUAUAUGAAUGUUUAUACUCUUGAUAGGUACGAUAAAUUACAUGUAAAUUUAAUUCCUUUUGCAUAUUCAUUUGUAUGUCACUUCAGUAUUAUGGGUAAAAAUUAGUAUUUUUUGGUGAAAAUUCAUAUUUUUUAUUAGGAUCCCAUUGACAAGAGUGAGAUGCAAACAAAAGCCGUGGCUAUUUCCACACCAGUUAUGAUACAGAAGAAGAGUCCUGUGUGAAACUUCAAUAUUUUACUUUAUUUUUUAUACACAGAAUAUCAGACCAUUAUGAUCUCUGAGAACAAACCCAUAAAUUUUUAAGUUACCAUAGCCAAACUCAACACAUUUUUUUCCAAUCAAUGGUCACUGAAUAUUAAGUAAAUUUAAGUGAUGCUGCUUACUUGCCACUGUUUUUAGAAGAGAAGAAAAAUAGAUAAUAUAACCAGGCUUGGUUAUUUACAUCUGAUAUAGCUCACACCUCACCACUCAAGCCAGGGUGAGGUGUGAGGAUACCAGUGACCUUGCUCCCAAGGGAAAGCUUGUCCCUCAAGCUCAUACUCAUUGAAUUUACCAAGUGUGAUGCCACCUUUAAGGAGGUGUCCUUCAAAGAAUGUCUCAAGGAUUGAUAUCAAGAAACUAUGAAAGGGUACACUAAAUGGUGACCACAUUGCCACAGUCUCGGUAUUUUCUUGUUUUUUCAUAGCACCACAUGCAGUAUGUGUUGGUAUUUUUAUAAAUUGAAAAUGCAGUUUAACAUUAUUCAUGUUCUUUUUUCAGUGUUUGCUAAUUUUUAUAUAGGUUGUAGAUAAGAAAAAAUGUACUGUUUUAUUACUAAUAUAUUGAAUUUGAUAUUU